AUGCUUUGCCGAUACAUCGCCCUCUUCCUAGCUUCGGGCAGCUUGAUAUCUGGAGCAGCAUUGCAUCGAGGAGAAGUCAGAGCCACAGGACUUCUUCCAAGACAGCAACGACAGUCGAACAGUCAGACUUGCUUAGAUUCCAAUCUGAUACAGAAGGCGAGUGAAAAGACUGGUCAAGAGCCGGGAACAGAUGGCAUAAAAGCAGGUCAAUCACCUUCAGCGACUGAUAAUGCCAACUUCAUCAACUUUUGCUCCGGACAGACAUUGACCAAUGGUCAGCAACUGACGGCCGGGUCCUGUAAUGGUAUCCCAAUGGGUAGAAUCCCUGCCGCUAAGAACAUGAUCUCAGCAGUGAUCGUCAACCCUCAACCAGCCCAACAAAUCACCGCCGAUCAAACUUUUAAUAUCUCGGUACAAACAGCCCACCUCGAUGCAGGUUUCUUUGUGAAUCCCACCACCAACUAUUACACCGCCCCUCAGGAUCUAAAUCAAAAUGGCGACAUCAUUGGCCACUGCCACGUCACAGUUCAAGAUAUUGGCUCUUUUACAAACAACAAUCCCCCCGACCCAGUCAAGUUUGCUUUCUUCAAAGGCAUCGAUGAUGAUGGAAAUGGCCAAGGUCUUCUCCAAGCUGUGGUCACCGACGGUCUGCCCGUGGGUAUAUACCGUGUAUGUACCAUGAUUGCAGCAAGAAAUCAUCAGCCCGUCAACAUGCCCGUUGCGCAAAGAGGUGCUCAGGAUGAUUGUACAAAGUUUCAAGUUGUGGCAGGGUCCAAUAACAACGGCAAUGGUGGAAAAGGCUCUCAAAACGCAGGCAAUGCCAUGAACGGCAAGAUGGACUCAGGAAAGGUCGAUGGAAAAGCCACGGAUGAGAACUCGGCCCAAACCUCUUCUGCUGGCAAUGCAGCUGCAGCGACUACUCAACCAAGCAAGGCACAGAAUACAGGAAGUGGUAGUGGGUCCGGGCAGAACGGGUCGGCCAAAGGAAGUCUCGACUUCGGAUCCUGUACGAAUCCCGCGAUUGUAUUCGGACCUGGCUUUGAUGGCCGAAAGGAAGACUCAUUCCAGCCUGCCGAUAAGACACAAUUCACGCAUGGCUCAGCUUUGGACAUCGACACAAUAAGCGCUUUCAUGUGUGACCGCUUCAACGACAGAUGCCAGGCCAGUAAAGAGGCGAUCGCCGCUUGUGCGUCGGCGCGAGGUGCCACCAAAGGCAAGACCGGUCAAGCUGCUGCCGAUGCUUGGAAUUCCGCCCUCGGGGUUAACAAUGCGUGA